GACGUUUCAUCUCGUCCACCUUCUUUUGUGCAGUCGACAGUGGCGAGUUCCGCUGGCUCGUAACCGCGAGCCGAGUACGGCGUGCUGAUUGAGUUAUUGCUGCAUUCGACGGCGACGAUGCGUUCGCACUAAAUGUGGGUGCCGGCUCGAGCAACACGCUGCUUGAUACAGGCAGACAUACCGCCUGGUCUAGCCAACGCCACUCUUCCUCCUCAGUGCCGACGGCGUUGUCCAAACUUUCGCCAUCUUGAAAUGGGUCGUGGUCAACGAGGCGGUCGUUUGAUAAUGGAGCUGCGAGGUAGUCCGAGGGUUUUGAACACAAACAGUUUGAUAAACUAUCACUGGCCUCAGAAAUGAAUUGCUUCUCAGACGCGCCAUAUUCCGCAUUUCCUUGCAGCGACGAAGGGGUCCCCGUCGAUGAAUCCGCGCUGGGGUCCUCCAUUUUGCAAACACGUCCACUCGCUCACCAUGAUAGGCUGGCUGGACCCACCUGACUUCCGCUCGCGCACCUACCAACGUCACUUCCGCCAGCAAUAGGAGUGGUUGUAGCAGCCGACAGGUAUUCUGUGGUGCGCGUAGUGUUUACACCGGGCAGAAAAAUGGUACGUAGGGCACUGCAUUUCGUUUUUAAAGUUGGUGACCGCACAAAUAUGACAAAAUUCGUCAAAGAGGUGCUGGGAAUGAAGCCGUUGCGUCACGAAGAAUUUGAAGAAGGUUGUCGAGCAAGUUGCAACGGCCCAUACGAUCUGAACUGGAGCAAGACGAUGGUGGGGUACGGUCCCGAAGACAGCCACUUCGUCUUGGAGCUCACUUAUAACUACGGCAUCGGCGGUUACGAACAAGGGAAUGACUUUGGUGGCGUAGUUAUCAGGUCUGACAAGAUCCUAGAGAACGCCCGCAAAGCUUCGUGGCCGAUCAAAGAGACCGCACGAGAUAAGUACCUCGAGUCGCCGGGCGGUUUCAAAUUCAUUAUUCGUCCCGUUAAAGACUACAAACGAGCGGACCCUGUCGAAGAGGUCCUGUUGGCUUCUUCUGAUCUCAACAAGACAGACGCCUACUGGAAGGGUUUACUAGGCAUGAAGCAAGUAUACAGGUCAAAUCACGAGUCUGUUUUGGAGUACGACCCGGACCAGACCAAGCUUCGUUUCUUCCAAGUGAAUGGCCCCGUCAACCACGCUAAGGCGUACGGAAGGGUGGCGUUCGCGUGUCCGGGUACAGAACUACCCGCAAUCGAGUCCAUGAUGAAAGAGCAUAACCACAAGAUUCUGGUGCCGCUCGUGAAGCUGGAUACUCCUGGCAAAGCUACUGUGACUGUAGUUAUUUUAGCUGAUCCAGACGGACACGAAAUUUGUUUCGUAGACGUCGAAUCGUUUGUGCUGUUGUCGGCAGUCGAUCCGAAAGCAGACGAACUUUUGAUGAAAGCAAUCGCGGAAGAUGGAAGCGAAGAGUGGUUUAAAAAUGUUCAGGGUGUGGAAAAACCAACAGCUUGAAUAUGAUCAGUGAAAUGUGACAUCUUACUCCAGACAAAUUUCAAACUGCAACUCGGCUCUUUUGCGACUCAAGGUCCAUUUAAGUGUUUUGGAAAGUGUCCAGAGCGGAAAAUUACAAAGUAAAACAGGAUGCAUUUUUGA